UUGUCCGUCAGCUUUUUGGGAGAGUAAAUUGUGUAUUUUAAUGAAUUCUUGCCUGAUUAAAUUUAUAUCACAUUGUUUUGUGUAAGAAAGACAUGCAUCAUGAUUCAUUUAAUGCAAAAGGUUAUAAUGUUUUCAAUUCUGACACUCGUAUCAGUCUCGGGAAGGAUACAUAAGUUGGUACUUUCGGAUGAUGAGCGUCAUUAUGUGGAGCUCACAACCUUCGGCUUCUUCCAAGGAGGUAUUCUUGAUGUCCACAUGGUCAACUUCAAGCUCCCAUCAGGCCCUGUUAAUGGAGAGUAUGGUUUCACCCUGGACAGAACAGUGAAUGAUGUAAUCAGCCCAUAUCUGGAAUCUCAUUCAGAUACAUGCUUCUUGAAAGACAUAGAAAACUUUGGAGUCACACCCCUACACCCUGCUAUAGUCUUUCUGAAGAUGGAUUUAAAUAAAUUAAGGCUGAACAUCACGUGUAACGGUGAAGUAGACGCGCUGCAUUUGUACCGGAACCGCUCCAUGAUCCCUGUAGACAGGACGAAGAGGCAAUCCCAGUACAUGUUUGUGCACAGGAGAAGGCGAGACGCUAGCGUGCAUACGAAUGCUAUCAGCAAACCAGUACCGCAGUGUUCGUUUGCCCACCUCCCCAUAACCAAGGAGACCCGAAAUGGAUUUGACUAUUACAACACAAGUUUUGCGAUGUUGGUGGCGUCACAGAAGGAAGAAGGCUUGUACAACCUCUAUUUCCACAACUGCCCUCACAAAGCAGGUGGCGAAACUACGCCUAUAAAUACUGUGAUCGAAAUAUACGAAAGCAAUGGCGGCCACAACUUCCUAUCGGCCGGCGAGAUGCCGCUGCCCGCUUUAUACAGCAUGAUGUCUUUAAUAUUCUUCCUAAGCGCUGGCUUCUGGACUUUCAUCCUGCGUACCAGCAGACACCCUGUAUACAGGAUCCACAUCAUCAUGUGUGUGCUGGUGUAUCUCAAAGCGCUGUCUUUGGCCUUCCACGGAAUCAACUACAACUUCAUACAGAGGCGGGGAGAGCACGUGACUGCUUGGGCUAUUAUGUACUACAUUACGCAUUUGCUUAAAGGUGCCUUGCUCUUCGUGACUAUAGUGCUAGUGGGCACUGGGUGGAACUUCAUCAAGAAUAUUCUGACCGAUCGUGACAAGAAGCUGUUCAUGAUCGUCAUACCACUUCAGGUGGUGGCGAACGUGGCCGAGAUAAUAAUAGAGGAGAGUGAGGAGGGUGCGGCGGAGCAUAACGCCUGGCGCGGCGUGUUCAUUUUGGUGGAUCUCCUCUGCUGCGCUGCUAUACUGUUCCCGGUGGUUUGGUCAAUCCGCCACCUCCAAGAUACUUCAAGCACGAACAUGCGCAAACGCAAGCUCAAGUUGUUCCGCCAUUUCUACAUCAUGGUGGUCUGCUACAUAUACUUCACAAGGAUCAUCAUCUCCUUGCUUAAGAUCACGGUCCCGUUCCAGCUGUCGUGGAUCGACGAGAUGUUCCGCGAGACGGCCACGUUCGUGUUCUUCGUGAUGACCGGCUACAAGUUCCGGCCGGCGGCGCCCAACCCUUACUUCUUUUCGGAUUGAGGAUUCACGUACUAAACUUGCUGAUAAUAUGGAUAACAAAUUGAUGUUAAACGUAGUGUAGGACUUCUCUACAGAAGGAUGUUGUAACUCGAAUAAGCAGUCGCCGCUAAAACGGUGUAUUGAGUUUAUAUAAAUGUAUUCAUUCGAAUAAGUGUAACAAUUUCUUAAAUCUGAAGA